GCUUCGGGCACUCGGCGCGGGCGGGGGCGCGGAGGGCGGGGGAGCGGGCCCCGAUUCGCAGGACCGGGCCGGGGCCGCGCGGGCCGGGCUGCUGGCGGAGCAGGCGGGGGCGCCGGCCGCAGCGAGCCGCGCGGGGGCCGGGGGCGGGGGGUGGGCGGGGCCGAGGGCCGCCGCGGAGCCUUCCGGGCUGCCGCGACCAUGUCGGAGCAGGCGCCCAAAGUUCCCGAGGAGAUGUUCAGGGAGGUCAAGUAUUACGCGGUGGGCGACAUCGACCCGCAGGUUAUUCAGCUUCUGAAAGCUGGAAAAGCUAAAGAAGUCUCCUACAAUGCGCUGGCCUCACACAUAAUUUCAGAGGAUGGGGACAAUCCAGAGGUUGGAGAAGCCAGGGAAGUCUUUGACUUACCUGUCGUAAAGCCUUCUUGGGUGACUUUGUCCGUGCAGUGUGGAGCUCUUCUGCCAGUAAAUGGUUUUUCCCCGGAGUCAUGUCAAAUAUUUUUUGGAAUCACUGCCUGCCUUUCUCAGGUGUCAUCUGAAGACAGAAGCGCCCUGUGGGCUUUGGUCACGUUCUAUGGGGGGGAUUGCCAGCUGACCCUCAAUAAGAAAUGCACACAUUUGAUUGUUCCAGAACCAAAGGGGGAGAAAUACGAAUGUGCUCUGAAGCGAACAAGUAUUAAAAUUGUGACUCCUGACUGGGUCCUGGACUGUGUAUCUGAGAAAAGCAAAAAGGAUGAAGCAUUUUAUCAUCCUCGUCUGAUUAUUUAUGAAGAGGAAGAAGAGGAGGAAGAGGAGGAAGAGGAUGUAGAAAAUGAGGAACAGGAUUUCCACAAUGAGGGCAGCACAGAUGAAAAGUCGAGCCCUGCGAGCUCUCGGGAAGCGUCUCCUGCAGGGGACCAGCCGCGUUCGCCCAAGUCACACACCGAGAAAUCUAAAGGGGAGCUGAUGUUUGAUGACUCUUCAGACUCUUCACCUGAAAAACAAGAGAGAAACUUAAACUGGACCCCAGCGGAAGUCCCGCAGGUAGCUGCGGCCAAGCGCAGGCUGCCUCAGGGGAAGGAGCCUGGGUUGAUUAAUUUAUGUGCCAAUGUCCCGCCGGUCCCAGGUAACAUUUUGCCUCCUGAUGUCCGGGGUAAUUUAAUGGCUUCUGGACAAAAUCUCCAAAGUUCUGAAAGAUCAGAAAUGAUAGCUGCCUGGAGUCCAGCUGUGCGGACGUUGAGAAACAUUACUAACAAUGCUGACAUUCAGCAGAUUAACCGACCGUCAAAUGUAGCACACAUAUUACAGUCCCUUUCAGCACCUACAAAAAAUUUAGAACAGCAGGUGAAUCACAGCCAGCAGGGACAUGCAAAUGCCAAUGCAGUGCUGUUUAGCCAAGUGAAAGUGACUCCAGAGACAAACAUGCUACAGCAGCAGCAGCAGACCCAGCAGCAGCAGCAGCACCCAGUUCUGCACCUUCAGCCCCAGCAGAUAAUGCAGCUCCAGCAGCAGCAGCAGGUUUCCCAGCAGCCCUACCCCCAGCCACAGGCGCACCAGUUUCCACAGCAGCAGCAACAGCAGCAAGUCCAUCAGCAUCAGUUUUCACAGCAACAGCUACAGUUUCCACAGCAACAGUUGCAUCCUCAACAGCAGCUGCAUCGCCCUCAGCAGCAGCUCCAGCCGUUUCAGCAACAGCAUGCCCUGCAGCAGCAGCUACAUCAGCUGCAGCAGCACCAACUGCAACAGCAGCAGCUCGCACAGCUUCAGCAGCACAACCUGCUACAGCAGCAGCAGCAGCAGCAGCAGCUACAGCAGCAGCAGCUACAGCAACAGCAGCUACAGCGCAUACACCAGCAGCAGCAGCAGCAGCAAAUGCAAAAUCAGUCAGCACAACACUUGAGUCAAACAUCCCAGGCACUACAGCAUCAGGUCCCACCUCAGCAGCCCCCACCCCAGCCCCCGCAGCAGCCGCCGCCGCCACAGCAGCAGCAGCAGCAGCUUUUUGGACAUGAUCCAGCAGUGGAGAUUCCAGAAGAAGGCUUCUUACUGGGAUGUGUGUUUGCAAUUGCGGAUUAUCCGGAGCAGAUGUCUGAUAAACAGCUGCUGGCCACCUGGAAAAGGAUAAUCCAGGUGCACGGUGGCGCUGUGGACCCCACGCUCACGAGCCGAUGCACACACCUCCUCUGCGAGAGUCAGGUCAGCAGCGUGUAUGCCCAGGCAAUAAGAGAAAGAAAGAGAUGCGUCACGGCACACUGGUUAAACACAGUCUUGAAGAAGAAGAAAAUGGUGCCGCCGCACCGAGCCCUGCACUUCCCGGUGGCAUUCCCACCAGGAGGAAAGCCGUGUUCACAGCAUAUUAUUUCUGUGACUGGAUUUGUUGAUAGUGACAGAGAUGACCUAAAGCUAAUGGCUUAUUUGGCAGGUGCCAAGUAUACGGGUUAUCUAUGCCGCAGCAACACAGUCCUCAUCUGUAAAGAACCAGCUGGUUUAAAGUACGAGAAAGCCAAGGAGUGGAGGAUACCCUGUGUGAAUGCCCAGUGGCUCGGCGACGUGCUCCUGGGAAACUUCGAGGCACUGAGGCAGAUUCAGUAUAGCCGUUACACCGCCUUCAAUCUGCAGGACCCCUUUGCCCCCACACAGCAUUUAGUUUUAAAUCUUCUAGAUGCCUGGAGAGCUCCAUUAAAAGUGUCAGCAGAGCUGUUGGUGGGUGCAAGACUACCUCCCAAACCGAAACAAAAUGAAGUCACUAACAUCCAGCCGUCUUCCAAAAGAGCCAGGAUUGAGGACAUCCCACCUCCCACUAGGAAGCUCACCCCAGAGUUGACCCCCUUUGUGCUUUUCACUGGAUUUGAGCCUGUCCAGGUGCAGCAGUAUAUCAAGAAGCUCUAUAUUCUUGGUGGAGAGGUUGCCGAGUCUACGCAGAAGUGCACACACCUCAUUGCCAGCAAGGUGACGCGCACAGUGAAGUUCCUGACGGCGAUUUCUGUAGUGAAGCACAUAGUAACUCCGGAGUGGCUAGAAGAAUGCUUCAAGUGUCAGAAAUUCAUUGAUGAGCAGAACUACAUUCUCCGAGAUGCUGAGGCUGAGGUGCUUUUCUCUUUCAGUUUGGAAGAGUCCUUAAAACGGGCACAUGUUUCUCCACUCUUUAAGACAAAAUAUUUUUACAUCACACCUGGAAUCUGCCCAAGUCUUUCAACUAUGAAGGCAAUUGUGGAAUGUGCGGGAGGAAAAGUGUUACCUAAACAGCCGUCUUUCCGGAAGCUCAUGGAACACAAGCAGAAUAAGAGUUUGUCAGAGAUAAUCUUAAUAUCCUGUGAAAAUGACCUUCAUUUAUGUCGAGAAUAUUUUGCCCGAGGAAUAGAUGUGCACAACGCGGAGUUUGUGCUCACCGGUGUGCUCACACAGACGCUGGACUACGAGUCAUAUAAAUUUAACUGAUGGCGCCCAGACUGCAGGCUGGUUGGAGUCUGGGAGCAGAGUCCGAGGCGGCGGGAGGAGGCCCCGGGGCUGCAGCCAGAUGCUCUUGUUUUCCAGCUGCCUCGUAGGGGACAAGACUGCAAAGCAGGAAAACAUACAAUAAAUAUACUGCAUCUUAUUGAGAUGUGCAACUUUAUUCUGAGGAAACAUAAAUUAUGUUUUGUAUUAUAUGACUUUAAGAGCCCACAUUAGGUUUUCUGAUUCAUUUGCCAGGUUUUUAAAUGUUUUCACAAAACCGUUACGGGACUUCAGCUACAAAUAAAAUGGUGUAAAUAAUGACCUUGCUACUCUAAAUUAUGGAUGUUAAAGAUUUGAAAUGUUUUGUACUUUGAUUAUUUUUAUUUCUUAUACUCUGUUUUCUUUUAUAUUGAUAUCUUGCCCACAUUUUAAAUAAAUGUACUUUUGAACUUAAAA